UCUGAUCUGCGCGAGGUGUCCAACCCAAGCACAGAUGGGCCUCCCUCACUCCCUCCAGAACAACUGUCUCGCUUCUCAUGAUGCCUAGCCGACCAAGCGCGCCACCGACCAUUCCGCCCCCUUCCUAGUACAGCACACAAUUUUCUGCUGCACGCCGCCCCAGCUGCACAAGUUAUGUAGCCUCCGAGGCUACUAGCAUGUAUCUGGUGGAAACGCAUGCCACGUGUCUCGCCGAUUCCGUGCCUUCCCUCUAGUGCCUGGGGAUGUCGAGCCCGACCGACAGCGCGAUUCGUAUGACAUCACAACGCACUUCCCGGCUAGCGUUGGAUGCGCGAGACAGAGGCAAGGGAGUCUACGGCAAGAGACAUCACAAAAAGCUGGGAGGCAAGACGAACCCACGAUGCUGCUCCUUUCACCCGCAAAUUCGAGCAGAGACACAUCGGCUACUGUAAUACGGAUUUCCGCCGUUGUACAAAAUACUCUCGUCACCCGCAAAUUUGAGCACCGAUACCUUGGCCAGUUCAAAAGCAACAUUCGCGUGGAAAGGCUAAGUUUUCUAGGAGCUUCUUUCACUUGGUUCCGAGACCUGUCAGGCACAGCGUUCAGAACUUCUGAAGCGCAACGCUCCAAUUCUCUUUCAUUCUUGCCACGUCAGCCGCCAUGUCAACCCGAGCCCUGCUGGUCCUUCUCCUUUCGCUGACUCUACUGGCGUCGGCGACCGCGGGACCAACAACGGAGCAGAUAGUAUCGGAGCUGAAGCAGCUGCAGAGCAAGCUGAUCAGGCGCUUCCCGCCCAGAUACAUCAUCAUGUCGCAGUUCGUCGCACAGCUCGUCGUUCGCGCAGAGACCGUGCCCGCCACCAUCGACUGGUCCGCCUUCGCGUACAACACGCUCCUGAUCCCCACGGACGCCGCGCUCGGCCUCAGCGGCAUCCUCGCCCCGCCGCAAACCGCGGAGAACUUCGUCCGCCUCUUCCAGAUAGUCUCCUUCAACAUCAUCCGAGGCAUGCGCCCGUUCGCCGCACUUAAAGCCCUACCUGUUGACUCGUCGAUCUCCCUGGUGUUUAAGAACGGGCGGCUGUUUCGGAAGAAGGUGAAGCCCGGGUGGGCGCUGGCGCCGGGGACUAGCGUGGCGCUCACGCAAAAAGGGAAGCCGCGGGCGGCGUGGUCGCAGAUUGUGGAUGGGGAUCUGCACAAGGGAAGCAGCUUCAUCGCACAUGGGGUCAACAGAAUGCAGACGCCUUGAGGCUUGUCGACCCAGAUCCUUGUUCGUUCUGAAAGGACAACAGCCGCGACUUAAUUUGAAGCGGGAGAAGGGAACUUGAAGAGCAGCUUUGCUGAAGAUGCCUCCAGCCCGCAUGAAUGAACAGCUUGCUCAUCACCUGACUGGUGGCCUCCAAGACACACGGUAGAAUGUAUGUUGCGUGGUGAUAUCGAGAUGCACUAAUAUAGUGGGCGACAGAGAAGUCAGUUCAGUUGGUUGUUCCGUCACAGAUGGACUACACUGCUGGAGCGGAACGAGCCACACUGCAGCAGGUGCACUGUGGCUGGGCAGGGCAUUGAGCGAAUGCAAUCAGAACGAUUACUAGUGAUAAAAUGAUAUGCUUUGGCACACUAUUUCUAGAAUCAGAUUGGCAUUUUCUAGCCGAUAGUACAUCUACCCCAUUGUACUGAUGUGGUGGCUGGCUGGGCACUUUGAAAAUGCUUGUACGCGGCCGGUACGCCUAAUGGGG